CGGGAUACGAACAUGGUUGUCCAGUACCUCGCAGAUGUGCUAACUUGGUCGAUUUGAAGUUCCCUCUGCCUUUUUACCGACAUGUUCGGCAGCCUGUUUGAAGACGAAGACGCGGGAGGUUUGGCAGAAUCCCCGGGACCCCCGGGAGCCCGAAAAUGUGGUCCCAAGCCGCCCCCAUCACCCAGGGGAGUGACGGGACUGUGUGGUAUCCGGAACCAAGGGGCGACCUGCUACCUGAACUCCCUGUUGCAGACUUUGUUGUUUACUCCGGAAUUCCGAGAAUCGCUGUUCCAGCUGGGUCCAGAGGAGCUCGGUAGUCUUGCAGACAAGGACAAACCAGGGGCAAAGGUGAGAGUCAUACCCAUCCAGCUACAGAGACUGUUUGCCAAGCUGCUAUUGGUCGAUCAGGAGGCCUACAGCACCACUGAACUCACCGACAGUUUCGGAUGGACUAAUAGUGAGGAGCUCCAACAACAUGAUGUGCAGGAGUUAAACCGUAUCCUGUUCAGUGCUAUAGAGAGCUCCCUUGUUGGGACAUCAGGGCAAGAACUUAUCGCUAACCUGUACCACGGCACAUUAGUCAACCAGAUCAUCUGUGGUGUGUGUGGAAGGAUCAGCAAACGUGAGGAAGACUUCCAGGACCUGACUGUUGCUGUAGCAAGCUACCCCUCACUACAGCAUGUCCUGACCGACCAGUAUGUGGAAAUGGAGAAACUUGAAGGCAAAAAUCAGUACAGAUGUGAGCAGUGCAACAAGCUCGUUAAUGCAAGAAAGGGUGCCAGACUGAAGAAGCUGCCCCCAGUCCUGUCCUUCUCCCUCCUCAGGUUCAGCUAUGACUAUGUCAAGUGGGAGAGGUACAAGGAGACCGGCAAGUUCACUUUCCCGAAGGAACUCGACAUGGCUGCCUUCUGUCAAGACGCAGACCAAGAGACAGACACAGUGUAUGAGCUGUUUUCAGUGGUCAUCCACAAGGGCAGUGCCCAUGGAGGUCACUACCACGCCUACAUCCGAGACGUGGAUGGACUGGGGGUCUGGAUCCCUCCAGAGGAGCAGGCAGUUGCCAUUCCUACUGAUCCUACUACAGGGAAGGUAGACUACAUCGAGGUCAGUAACCCCACCCAGCUGCUGAAGGCCAUACUGCAGCAGGAGGGGGAGGGGGGCACCACCGUGGACAAGCUCAGUCAGGCACUUAUGGCACAAACCGGAGUGUCGUGGAACAAGCGCUUCAAAAAACAGUAUGGACCGAUCACAAGGUUCCUCAAGAAAUAUGACGACAUCUUCGAGCUCAACCCUGUUGUGAACUGGGUGUCGCUCAAGGAGCCGACCAUCCCUGCAAAUGGACCCGACACAGCAGCGACAAACACAGUACCAAACAGCUCUGCAAGUGGAGACAGUUGUGAGAAGGAAGAGACAUCAUUAACACAGGAAUGUAGCUGUCAGGCAACAGAAGGAAAGUGCAAUUGUGGAGAAAGUGUGGAGACUAGAACAGCUGCAGUGAAGAAUGCAACACAGAAUGAUGCAAUAAGACCUGGUCCCUCAGAAGUAUCAAACUUUUGGUUUGACUUUAACGACUCUCGUGUGCGCCCCAUCCCGGAGCCUGGUCCCUCGGAUGUGUCAAACUUUUGGUUUGACUUCAACGACUCUCGUGUGCGUCCCAUCCCGGAGUCGGAGAUAGACACCCAGCCUGGUCCCUCGGAUGUGUCAAACUUCUGGUUUGACUUUAACGACUCUCGCGUGCGCCCCAUCCCGGAGUCGGAGAUAGACACCCAACCUGGUCCCUCGGAUGUGUCAAACUUCUGGUUUGACUUUAACGACUCUCGUGUGCGCCCAAUCUCGGAGUCGGAGAUAGACACCCAGUACCAGGGGAAGGAGAGUGCCUACAUGCUGUUUUACAGGAGAAAGUCACUCACAAGACCACAGGAAGCCAAAGGUCUUCCCACCUAUGGCAUGCAGGCCUGGCAGUUGGCAGAAGUCAUUGAAGAAAAUUCCAGGCUCCAAAAAGAAAGGGAGGAGUAUGAGAUGAUCAUUAACACCAUCAGUAUAGACGUCCUGGUGUCCCACGAGUACAUGUACCAGGGUGGAGCCCUGCAGACCCUCCCCGGUUGCCAUAGCAACGUCAUGAGACUGACGCUCGACAGGAGGAAAAGCUUGGGAGAGCUUAAGGUGUCUAUUCAAGAGAUGUUAGGAAGUCUGUGGGCCGGACCUAUGUGCCUUCACAUCGCCAAACAGCUGCCUGCAGGUCUGCACCUGUACGACUGUGUGUCAGACGAUGAUAGCAGAAGAGUCCAGGAUGCUGGUAUAGCCGAGGGAACCCAACUGUUUGUAUGGGAUGGACAUCAGGUUGGAGGCCUGCCUGUUCCCUCAGGAGAGCGCUGGGAACCGGUAGCCAUCAGCGUCAUCCACGGCGGCGGCGGCGGUUGCCAUAGCAACACGAGCCGGGGUUUCCCGAAGUGCUCGGCUCUGGGAGAGGUGCGAGUGCUGGUGUCGGAGCUGACCAACAUUCCUGUCCAGUCGCUGGUGCUCACCAAACUGGCAGACAGCAGCAGGGAUGCAGGUGAAAACCCUUCAUCAGUCUUGCUGCACAAUUCUCAGGACGGUUCCAGUUUACGAGUGUUGGGUUUCCAGGAUGGAGACAGACUGUUAGCCGAGAGCAAGACAAGCAGAAGAAAGAGAGGAGGCAGCCCAGAAGUGAAGUCAGUGGGACAGAGUGAAGUUUCCCAGGUCACCCUGUCUAUAAAGGAGCACUGUAGUGGGAACAACAUGUCUGCAAACAUCACCAUAGAUACACAGGAGACUAUAGGAACAGUCAAGAUGCUUGCUCUGUCACAGUUUGAGCUGAACGAUCUUCAACUUGAAGGAGGCAGCCAUCUACGCGUAGUCAACACCCAGGGUACGGGGCCUCCAUUGUACGAAGACCAGACAGUAGAGAGUGUGAGUUUGAGAACAGAUGCACGUUUGAGACUCCAGCUUGGCAUGGCACCAGCUCACGAAACUGAAAGAGUUUUCUAUCUAUCUACAAUGUAUAAGUACAAAAUGUACAUGUACAAUUGUACAUUGAAAGUAGAGUACACAAACAGAAAGGUGCCUUAUUGCAUUAAACAUUUGGUUAUAGGUAUGCCCAUACCAUAUCCAGUUAAACCUAACUUGUACGAAGACCAGACAGUAGAGAGUGUGAGUCUGAGAACAGACGCACGUUUGAGACUCCAGCCUGGCAAAGCACCAGCUCCUCACCAAAUGGUGCUAUAUGUGAGCAUGCUCCCAUCUGUGGACGAUGUGGCUGAUUUCGAGGUGCUCACCGACAAGAAGGCGACGGUGGGCGACUGUCUGCGUCAGACGUGCGCCCGGGCGGGCAUCCCUCCCGAGAAGUGGCACCUCCGACGGACCAACUGGUGCGGAGAGGCGGAGGACCCCCUGAACGACCUUGAGAUCACUCUGGAAGCAGCGACCUUGCACCACGGUGACCUUGUGGUGUUACAGGAAGGCAGGAUCCCUCCCAAGGGGUUUGUCUGCGUGCCCGUCUACCUGUACCCCUCUCCGGAGCAAGGCAUGCUGGGAGGAGGGGACAGCGGCAUGCUGGGAUGGAUCACUGCUGGGGUCAACAGCCUACUGCACAGUAAACCUGAGGACAGAGGGGAGGGGGGGAAUGGAGUACUGUUUCUUGGUGACCUUGAAAUUUCUAGGGAAGCCACACUGCUGGACCUGAAGACCCAACUCCUGACCCUCCCCCACAUGAAGGACGCCCCCAUCCCCACCCCGGGGUUCCUCAGGGUCAGGACAGUGGAGGGGGGAGGCCCGGCGAGGGUGCUCAGAGGAGGCAACCAGACUCUCAAAUAUCUUAAAAUCAACAGCGCCACCCAGCUGUGUGUGCAGGUACUGCACCAGGAGGAGGAUCUCAGCCAAAGUGUCCUUGUGCUAAACUUACGAAGGAGGAUACCAAACACCCGCGAGUACACCCCUGAAGAGGAACUGCUGUGGGAGACCUGCAAGGGGGCCACGCCUUCCGUUCUCAAACAAGCCAUCGCCGAUCGUUUUGUUCUUCCGGUGGAGAGAGUUGCCGUCGCCAAACACCUUCCUGAGAAGUUCCAGUGGCUAGCGGUCCAAGUCCCGAAGAAUUCUGGAAAACCCAAAGGGAAGAAGAAAGGGGGAGGAGGAGGGGGUAAGGGCGGAGGGGGUGGUGGGGCAAACCUGAAGAAACCCCCCUAUAUGCUAAAGGAUGGAGAUACGAUAGGAGUCAAGGAUCUCCAGUUCGAUCCGCACGACAAGGACGACUUUUCAACGCCCGAAGACGACGCUGGAAGGGAGGCGCUACGCAGAGCGGAAGAAGAGAAGAAGCAGAAACGACAGCAGAGUAAAAACAGCAGCAAAGAUGGAAGGAAGGAGAGAAGACCAGAAGUGGGGAUCACCAUACAUGUGGACGACUUCAGAUGA